UUUGCGCGCGAACUCUGAGAGCUGAGGUCCUGGGGGUCAGGCCGUGUGGCUGGCCUUAGUUGCUGGGGUUUUGAGGGGACACGGCGGCCCCGGCCACCUUCGCCUUGUCGUCAUGGAGACGUCAGCGCCCAAGCAGCAGCAGCAGCCCGCGGCGGCCAAGAUCAGGAACCUGCCCUGGGUUGAGAAAUACCGGCCGCAGACCCUGAACGAUCUCAUUUCUCAUCAGGACAUUCUGAGUACCAUUCAGAAAUUUAUCAGCGAAGACCGCCUACCACACCUGCUUCUCUACGGCCCUCCAGGGACAGGAAAGACGUCCACCAUCCUCGCCUGCGCUAAGCAACUAUACAAAGAUAAAGAAUUUGGCUCCAUGGUCUUGGAGCUCAACGCUUCAGAUGACCGAGGAAUAGACAUUGUUCGGGGACCAAUCUUGAGCUUUGCCAGUACAAGGACCAUUUUUAAGAAAGGGUUUAAGCUCGUGAUUCUGGACGAAGCUGACGCUAUGACUCAAGACGCACAGAACGCCCUGAGACGAGUGAUUGAGAAGUUCACAGAAAAUACCAGGUUUUGCCUCAUCUGUAACUAUCUGUCCAAGAUUAUCCCCGCCCUGCAGUCGCGAUGCACGAGGUUCCGGUUUGGUCCCCUGACGCCAGAACUCAUGGUUCCCCGCCUGGAGCACGUCAUAGAGGAAGAGAAAGUUGAUAUAACUGAAGAUGGAAUGAAGGCCCUUGUCACUCUGUCCAGUGGAGACAUGCGAAGGGCUCUGAACAUCUUGCAGAGUACCAACAUGGCCUUUGGGAAGGUGACAGAGGAGACUGUCUACACCUGCACUGGGCACCCGCUCAAGUCGGACAUCGCGAACAUUCUGGACUGGAUGCUGAAUCAAGACUUCACCACGGCCUACCGAAAUAUCACCGAGCUGAAGACUCUGAAGGGGCUGGCGUUACAUGACAUCCUGACCGAGAUUCACCUGUUUGUGCACAGAGUUGACUUUCCAUCUUCAGUUCGAAUACAUUUGUUAACCAAAAUGGCAGACAUUGAGUACAGACUUUCUGUUGGCACCAACGAGAAGAUUCAGUUGAGCUCCCUCAUUGCUGCAUUCCAAGUCACCAGAGACCUAAUUGUCACAGAGGCCUAGAUACUCUGAGGCUGGAGAACCGAGGAUCCAUCCGGACCCGGGUAAAGCCAGUCAUGUUUCCUGAAGUGUCUGCUCAGGUGUGGGUGGGCAGAUACAGUGCUCUGUGGUUGUUUGCAGCGGGAAUGUACCACGGGAUUUUAAUGUAUGUAACCACCAACACGCUGUCUGACUGUCUUAACAGAAAAAGGUUUUUGUUUUUUUUUAAUGUUUUCUGUUUUGGCUUUAAAGACUUUUUACACUUCAGUUGAUGGAGUGGCAGAAAGUUGGUGUACUCAUUUGGUCUGAAGCAUAAAGCUGUCAAAUCUAAUGUGCUUCAAGUGUCUUCUAUCUCAAUCAAGGUCAGCAUCUCCAAAUUUAUAUUUAUGCUAUUCUAUGGCAUUCAUUGUAUCUACUUUAAAUCAGUAUGCAUGGACUUCUGGCCCAAAGAUUUUGGGGAUGGAGAGAUAGCUUAGCAGUUAAGGCUAUUGCAGUCAAAGCCUGGGUUUGAUUCCCAAGUACUCAUGUAAAGCCAAAUGCAAAGUAAUAAUGCAUGCACCUGGAGUUCGUUUGCAGUGACAAGGGGCCCAAAUGUUCCCCCCCACACACUUGCAAGUCAAUAAUAAAAUAAAAAUUCAAAAUUGGUCUUUUUGCCUUGUACCAUGUCCACACUUACAAUUUCAGUGCUCAGGAGACUAAGGCAGGAAGAUAAAUUCCUAGCCAGGUUGAGCAACAGUGAGACCCUGUCUCAACAAUCAAAAAACUUCUAUUGCUGGGUAAUGCCUUUAAUCCCAGGACCUGGAAGGCAGAGUUAGGAGGAUCACCAUGAGUUUGAGGCCAGCCUAAGACUACAUAGUUAAUUCCAGGUCAGCAUGGGCCAGAGUGAGACCCUACCUCAAAAGACAAAAAAAAAAAAAAAAAAAAAUCCACCUCUAUAGUCUUUUCUCCUUUUAGGCUUGCCGGCAAGUUCCAAGUUUCAUUGUGGAAAGGAAAGAAAAUAGUCUUCAAAUUGUGCCUUUGAGAGCUAGGCAUAGUGGUCCAUGCUUUUAAUCUCAGUGCUUGGGAGGCAAAGGUAGGACCACUGUGAGUUCAAGGCCAGCCUAGGGCUACAGAGUGAGUUCUAGGUCAACUUGGACUAGAGAGAUAGAUCCUACCUCAAAAACAGUAUGUAUUUUGUGGCCUAGUGGCUAUGUACACCACGUGUUCAGUGCGGGAGCGUGCAGAUGGGGCCUGUUUUGAUCUGCUGGGAAGUCUGCUUAUGUUCUAGUUUCUUUGAGGGCAAUUUCGCUGCAUGUCAAUUUCCUUGCAAUAAUAAAGCACUUUGCUUGGUUCCGAUCAA